AUGGCAAAAACUAAACAAACAGCCAGGGGGAGCACGGCAGCCAACAGCAACAGCAGCGAUAGUAGCAACAAAAGCACCAGCGAAAGCGGCCCCAAACCUCUCCCACAGCCCGACACAACCGCCACCGCCGUCACCUCCUCCUCCCUCGCCACCCUCAAAACCUCCAUCGCCGACUCCAAGAAAGCCGACCAGCGCACCAUCCAGCUCCUCGACAUCCGUCUCCGCGACACCACCCGCCGCAUCGAAGACAUGCAGAAGGAACAUGAUGAGGCGCUGUUGGCGAUCUGCCAACUGCGAAAGCGGAAACUUGAGCUUGACGAGGAACUUGGACCGAUGAGAACGAAGAAGGCGGCUAUUGAGAAAGAAGUCGGACAGGCGAGGAAGGACGCGGCUAUCAACAAGGUGGCUGGGAUUUUCAUGGAGUGGGAAAAUCCGAGAGAGCUGUUGGUGGGGGUGGUGGAGAAAUUUGGGGGAAGGUUAGUGCCGAUACGCGAGGUCGUCGUUGAGCAGGAAGCUGGGGAGCUUCCGGGUACGGACGACAUUGGCAGUGAGGGCGUGGAGUCUAAAACUCGUGACAGUGAUGGUGUUGUGGUGGUUCCGUCGGACCAGGAACAGCAGGGCAUGGAAUUGGCCGAUCGGAAGAUGGAGGAAGGCCGCGCCAGCUCGAACAACAAGGCUCAAGAGAAGUGCAGUCCUCUGGAGGCAUCUUCGGCAGUGAAAGAUAAGGUGGCGGUGGAUGUGAAGAGGGAAGAAAGCGGUCAGGUGGAAGGUUCAAGCAAGAACCGUCAGAAGGUCCUCAAAGCAUCAUUGCACAUUGUCGCCGACACGGAAUAUCUUGAAAGUAACACCCGUCUUGCACAUGAGCGCACGCGCCCACUUUUCAAGACACAAAUAUCUACCGGGUCAACCCUCUUACUCCAUUUCACCUCCGCCCUCCUCACCAAGACCAGUCGGGGCACCGUCCACGUCCGCGAGCCGGACCCAUCCAUAUCGAGACUCAACGACCCUUCUACUGAAGCCAUGAAGAAGUGCCUGAAGGACAUCAAGCGCCGCUUCAACAACCUUCGCGUCGAUGAGAAUACGUACGCACAGCACAAACGAAGCCUUGAAACGCCGGGCGAUGACAUCAAAAGAUACUUGGCAAAGAUGGACAUGACCAGGCAGGAGCUCUUGACCGAAGCAUUCGCGUUCGACUUCGUAGACCCGCAGAUCAGGACGGCCAUCAUCAAGGUGAACUCAACCGCAGUCAAGAUGACCCAGGUGCCGGAUACCAUCUAUCCCUGGUUCUGGACCUCGAAGAGGGACAAGUUCGAGAAGAUGCGCAAGACGCACCUGGAGGCAUGCAAGAACUUCCACGAGAUGAAGCCGAGGAUGGCGGAGGAGAAGAAGCAGCGCUUGGAUGCCAUCAAGAAGACGAAAGCGGAGUACGACGAGGCGGUAUGCAUGAGAGAGAACCUGGCACGGGUGAAUGACGAGCUUCGGGGCGCGCAUGCUGGCGCUUUCCUCGUGCACGAUUCCUCGCGCAUGGCUGACGAGGCGCGCAACUUGGUGCAAGAAGCUCUGCAAAAGCUCACCGACGUGGAGAAGGAGCUCGGCGAACACGAGAAGAAGCUCCAGGACCAAGAGAGGGAAUUCGUCACGACGGCAGAGGAGCUUGAACACCUGCAAGAGGAGAUCGAGAAGCUUAAGCGGGCCUGGAUUGUGUACGUGAGGUUCGCCCUCUAUCACCCCGAGGAAGGUAUCGAUGAGGCGCUGCAAGCUGGUACUGCUCCUACCCUGGCUCUCCUUCAACGCCUUGCCCAGGACGAUGAUCCGCACCCUUUGUGA